AGAGGUGCUUCCUGUUCUUACUUUUCCGGAGAAGAACUGAUCAGUGAUUAGCUGAAGCCGCUAUCUGAUGUACCUUUAGCCCGAGCUAUUAGCGUCCCAGAGGAGGGGAGUAUUUCCCUGUCCACGGGGUCAUGCCAGCUGCAGAGGCGCAGCGCGCCAGGAGAGAUGGUGCUGCGGUGAGGGUGCCCGGAAAGGACCGCGUUCCAAACCAAGAGGAGAGGGAUUUCCACAGCUUUCACAGAGACGGUGGUCAAACCACUGCAGGGAGCCAGACCUUCCACCACCACCAUCAUCAUGAAGGAAACCACCGACAAUGUCUCUCUGGACGAUGCCAGCUGGGGGCAGACCAAGACCCAGGAUACUAUUUUUCACUCUGAAGAAGAUAACAGUCUUUACUUCACAUACAGUGGAAAAUCAAAUGUUCUGGAAGUCAAAGAACUCAACUACCAGGUUAACACAGCAUCCCUGAUUCCCUGGUAUGAGAACCUUGCUCAGAUGAAAAUGCCCUGGACCUGGAAAUCGGAUCCCCAUUCCCAUGUGACAGUGAUCCAAAAUCUGAAUCUCAAAGUGCGAAGUGGUCAGAUGCUUGCAAUUAUAGGAACCACAGCUGGUGGAAAGACAUCCUUGCUUGACGUGAUAACCUGCCGGGAUCAUGGAGGCAAAAUCAAGUCUGGUCAAGUCAUGAUCAACAACAAACCCAUCACUCCCCAGCUCGUUAGGAAAUGCAUAGCACACGUGAGGCAGGAUGACCGACUGCUCCCCCACCUGACUGUCAGAGAAACACUAUUGUUCGUUGCCAAACUGCGCCUUCCAAAGUUUUUUUCAGACUCACAAAGGAAAAAAAGGGUGGAAGAUGUGAUCGCAGAGCUCCGCCUGCGGCAGUGCGCCAACACCAGGGUGGGGAACGAGUACCUGCGGGGCGUCUCCGGGGGAGAGAGGCGCAGGGUGAGCAUCGGCGUGCAGCUGCUCUGGAACCCGGGAAUACUCAUACUUGAUGAACCUACAUCUGGACUGGACAGCUUUACUGCACAUAACCUUGUGAUAACAUUAUCCAGACUGGCCAGAGGAAACAGAUUGGUUCUUCUUUCAGUUCAUCAGCCCCGGUCAGAUAUCUUCCAACUGUUUGAUUUGGUUCUUCUCAUGACUUCUGGACUCACUGCCUACGGUGGAACAGCUAAAGACAUGGUCCAGUAUUUCACAGAACUAGGCUAUCCUUGCCCAAGGUACAGCAAUCCUGCAGAUUUCUACGUUGACUUGACCAGUAUUGAUAAACAGACUGCAGAAAAGGAGAAGGAAAGCCAAAAGAGAGCAAAUACUCUUGCCAACUUGUUCAUAGAAAAGGUCAAACAUUUUGAUGAUUUCUUAUGGAAAGCUACUGAAGGAGACAACACUGAUACCACAGCCAUCAAGCAGAGGAAAUCAGAAGAGGUUGUCAAUAUGCCUCACCAUUUAAAUGAUCAAUUACCAGGAGCCUUGAAGCAGUUCACAAUAUUAUUAAGUCGUCAGGUCUCCAAUGACUUCAGAGAUCUUUCAACAUUACUAAUCCAUGGAUUUGAAGCCCUUCUUAUGUCAUUGCUAAUUGGAUUUUUGUACUAUGGCCAUGGAAAAAAUGGACUCUCUAUUCGUGACACAGCAGCACUCCUGUACAUGAUAGGUGCCCUUAUCCCAUUCACAAUAAUUUUGGAUGUUAUUGCCAAAUGUCAUUCAGAAAGAGCAAUGCUUUAUCAUGACUUGGAAGGUGGAAUGUACUCUGUUAGCCCAUACUUCUUUGCUAAGAUUCUGGGGGAGCUACCAGAACACUGCAUUUUUGUUGUAAUUUAUGGGAUUCCCAUCUACUGGAUGGCAAACCUUGUUCCUGAUCCAGAACAUUUCCUGCUGAACUUCCUGUUACUGUGGUUGGCUGUUUACAGUGCCCGUGCCAUGGCACUUUGGGUGGCAGCUCUGCUGCCGACGUUACAGCUCUCGGCCUUCCUUGGCAAUGUCCUCUUCACAUCAUUCUACCUCAGUGGUGGUUUUGUGAUAAGCCUGAACAGCCUCUGGACAGUUCCUUUUUGGGUUUCAAAAAUCUCUUUCCUCAGAUGGAGUUUUGAAGGAAUGAUGCAACUUCAGUUCACUAACACCACAUAUGAAAUAACUGAUGGAAACACUACUUAUGAAAUACCAGGGAAACUUGUCACUCAGGCUCUGGACCUGGACUCCCACCCUCUCUAUGUGAGCUACCUUGUCCUCACCGGCAUCAUUUGCAGCUUCCUGCUUUUAUACUAUUUAUCUCUGCGCUUUAUCAAGCAGAAGUCAACCCAAGACUGGUGAGAGCAGCGGAGGCAGCAGGUGAGGGCCUCCUUGCGGGAAGGGCAGGAGAAGAAGGCUCCCGCCGCGGGAGCCCCGGGAGCGGCGGGCGCCGGCGGCGCGGCUGCCACAGGAUGGCAGCAGAGCCCCAGGAGUCGGGAGGCGGGCGGGAGCCUGCCACGGACCGCGGCUCAGCCUGGGAUGGGGGUCGGGGGUGGGCUUUGGGUUCACUUUGGGUUCACUUUGGGUUUUGCUUCACUAACGGUUUGAACGAGUGACAAGGCCAUUGCGAGUCCUGCACAUCUGGAAAUUGUCUGAGCUGUGGGCCACCGAUAUAAAAGGACCCACGGGUUUGUCCAUAAUAUUUGAACACAUGAUGAUCACUCACUUAAUUCAGAGGGCUACAAGAGAACAGGAUCAAAACACUUUCUGUGGCACUUAUGACAUCUAACAUAGAAGAUUUCACAAGUGCUUCAGGAGAACAUGCAAGGAUGGAAAACAAUUGUUAACUACUCUGUGUUCUAAUUGCUUAUGUGUAUUAAAGCUUUAUUUCUAUGUUUUAAUGCUUUGCCUUUGUGUUCCAGUAAUAUGCUGGUGAUGCCCAAAACAGGUAUUUGCUCACUGUAGGGAUGAGACCUUGUAACAAAUAAAAUUAUCUCACCUUCUUG